UUUUUUUUUUUUUUAACAAGGAAAGCCACGGAGCCGGUAGAAAGAGCACGCUAUAGGAAGUUAAUAUAAUCCGGUUGAUUAGGCCUUUCAUAUAAAAAAGAAAACAUGCCUGGAGACAUCGACAAGGGUAAGAAGACAUUUGUCCAGAAGUGUGCCCAGUGUCACACUGUGGAAAAUGGUGGAAAGCACAAGGUUGGACCCAACCUUUGGGGCCUCUUUGGACGCCAGACAGGUCAGGCAGAAGGCUACUCCUAUACAGAUGCCAACAAAAGCAAAGGCAUUAUUUGGGAUGAAGACACCCUAAUGAUUUACUUGGAGAACCCCAAGAAAUAUAUUCCAGGAACAAAGAUGAUCUUUGCUGGCAUCAAAAAGAAGAAUGAGCGUGUGGACCUUAUUGCAUAUCUGAAGUCUUCAACUUCAUAACAAACUCUUCUGUGCAUCUUCAUCCCUUUCCAUGUCUUAACAUUCUCAGGAAACCAGGACUUUUCAUUUCUUCAAAUUGUGGCAAGCAGUCUUAGUGAUGUUUGUGGAGUUGCCAUGUUGAUUGUAGCUGUACAUUAAUUUUGAUAUCAAUGACCGCCUUCCACUGCUGUAAAAUAAAUCUUUUUUUUUUUUUUAACAGUUGCCCUUUUCUAAGAUAAAUUAUUAGACAAUAUAUACUGUGUAUUCAGGGUGUAGGGACUGAAUGUGAUAUUGUACUGUUAUGGAUUAUUUUUUAGUAAUUGUCUGUUCCAAAAACUGAAUAUGCCUUUUCUGCUUUGAAAAUGCCUCAGUUGUUUUUGUACGUUUUCAAUUUCUAAGUUGAAUAGAACUGACACUAAGCAGUAUUUUUCUUACGUCAUCCAUUGAUUCUCUCCCAGAAAUCAACAUGUUUUGGGUAUGACGUCACACUGUAAUGUUCUUAUCUAACAGGCUUGGGGUGCUUCAUUGUCAUCAUCACUCUCUUAAAAAAAUUAUGACAGUGUCUCUUUUUGUGCAGCCACAUUAGACUAACUGGAUUUGUGAACUGAUUUACUGAUAUCUUGAAAAUUGAGUCCUUAUUUCCCCCAGUGGGAAAGUGGAGGAGAUGAAAGAACAUUAAAUGGUUAGUAAAA